GCAGCUACACGGCACUGGCUUCCAGUUUUGUUUAAGUGAAAGGCAGUGAGAGGGCACCUGCGGUCUGUCGAGACGUGACAGCUGGAUAGCGAUUACAACGGUGCCGUUUGCAUUAGCAGGGAAACACAGUAGCGUAACUUGGAAGUAAAUGUAACUGAACAACGACAGCUUCUCCCAGUGCUAACGUUAGCUGUCCUUCUGACUUGGCGACGAACGAGACAACGAAGUGUUCUUUUAUGUCACACGGAUGAAAUGAGUGCUCACUCGGGAAACGUCAGUGUUUCUCAUGAGGACAGAAAUGUGUAUUGUGGAUUCGGACGUCUGGUCGAGGAAGACAGAUAAUAAGGACUAACGCCUGCACAUUAACAACAGUUCUGUGUUGACAGUUGUGCUGCAUCCUUCAUGCUAACAUUGACUGUGGAUUAACUUAACGUUAGAUCGCUGAUGUUGGCUAGCUUUAUAUGUUGCUAACGUUACCACUUGUGUAUCAUAGAAGCAGGUUAAAUUAUUCAGUAUACAAAAGACACGUUACAAAAGGGUAACGUUAUUUACAUGUUAUUGUUAGCAUAUUUGCAGAGCCCUUCUAUGGGCAGCAGCUAUGACGCUAGGUGUAGCCACAGGGUUAUGUCAUUGUCAGGCUAACAGAUAGCUUGCUGUCUGCAGCUGCUUCAAAUCUUUGCGUGGUCAUGUCCAGCAGGGUUGGCAUCAUGUAGUCUGUCCCUCAGAACAGGUUAGGUGACUGGGACACACAGUGAGCCUCCUUGGAGAGUAAUGCAAAGCUGGAUUGCCACUAUCCAACUGGGUCAAAGACUGACAGCUGGCACUGAUACGGUUUAGCUCAGGAUUGUUGCUAACCAUGCUCAAAGCCGUCUGUUCUGUGUGAUAUUACAAACAUCCCAACCUACGUAGAGAGCAUGUAAAUGCAUCAUGUCCUGACUGCAUCACUUAUUUAUGCAAUAAGGCACAUCAGAGCAGAGACUUGUCAUGAAAUAAAUCCGCAGUGCAACAAGCAGCACCGCCAGGACUGAGGGGAUCAUUUGCUCCAGGAUUCUUUUCUGGAGAGGAGAGCAACAUUCAAGGCUCCUGUGCCCAGCAUCAGCUGGACCAUCAGCCCAUCACAAUGGAGACUGUGGGAGAUUUUGAGUACAGCAGAAAAGACCUGGUUGGACAUGGAGCCUUUGCUGUGGUGUUCAAAGGAAGGCACAGGAAGAAGACUGAUUGGGAGGUGGCCAUCAAGAGCAUUAAAAAGAAGAACCUGUCCAAGUCACAGAUCCUUCUUGGCAAGGAAAUCAAAAUCCUGAAGGAGCUGCAGCAUGAAAACAUUGUGGCACUUUACGAUGUCCAGGAAACACCCAACUCUGUUUUUCUGGUCAUGGAGUACUGCAAUGGAGGUGAUCUUGCCGAUUAUCUGCAAGCUAAGGGGACGCUAAGAGAAGACACACUGAGGGUUUUCCUCCAGCAGAUUGCUGCUGCCAUGCGCAUCCUCAACAGCAAAGGAAUCAUCCACCGGGACCUGAAACCCCAAAACAUCCUGCUGUCAUAUGCGGGUCGCAAGAAGUCCAACAUCAGUGGCAUUCGCAUCAAAAUAGCUGACUUUGGCUUUGCGCGGUACCUCCAGAGCAAUAUGAUGGCAGCUACACUCUGUGGGUCACCCAUGUACAUGGCCCCAGAGGUCAUCAUGUCACAGAACUACGAUGCCAAGGCCGACCUCUGGAGCAUAGGGACUGUCAUCUACCAGUGUCUGGUCGGCAAGCCACCGUUCCAGGCCAAUAGUCCCCAAGACCUGAGGAUGUUCUAUGAGAAGAACAAGAAUCUACAACCUAUCAUCCCAAGGGAGACAUCACCUCAGCUUAGUGACCUUUUGCUUGGGCUGCUGCAGAGGAAUCAGAAAGACAGGAUGGACUUUGAUGCGUUUUUCAGCCAUCCGUUCCUGGAGCCGUCAUCCACCAUUAAAAAAUCGUGUCCAGUGCCGGUCCCCAGCGUCUCCAACACGGUCACCGACAGUUCCUGUGGCAGCUCCCCAUGCAUUCGCUACAACUCCCCUCCUUCUCUCCCGGACAUGCAGACACUAGCAGAAGAUGGUCUGUCAUCCCCUCCGCUCGGCCCGCCCAACUUCCUGCAGCUGUCCAAAGAGUCUGCAGGAAGUACCAGCAGUAAGAACUCGUCCUGUGACACUGAUGACUUUGUGCUGGUGCCUCACAUCUCUACUGACAGCUAUGACCAGCCAAUGGGAGUGGGUCGCCGGCCAUCCAGCGAGUUCCUCAUGUGUGGAGGGCAGCCGCAGCCCACCCCGGGACAUACCCCCAUGGUGUCCCCGCGGGCAGAGACCACCCCCAUCCCUGUUCCCACCCAGAUCCGCAACUACCAGCGCAUCAAGCAGAACCUCUCCAGCAGCCCGACCACCACGCUGUACAGCUCCCCCAGGUCUGGCACAGUGAGGCGCUCAAACACUAGUCCAAUGGGGUUUCCCAAGGUGGGCUCGGGGUGCCCCAGCUCUGCAGACGUCCCUCAGACAGUAGGCAGGCGUCUUUCCACAGGCAGCUCCCGGCCUUACUCCCCCUCCCCUCUUGUGGGCACCAUCCCCGAGCAGCUGGGUCACUGCUGCUGUCACCUGCAGAACCAUGAGCCUCGCAGCCGCAGCUCCUCAGGAGGUUCCCCCGUCCCAUCCUCUCAGCUCCUGGGGGCCCGGCUCCAGAGCGCCCCCACCCUGACCGACGUCUACCAGAACAGGCAGAAACUCCACAAACAGUUAUCAGACCCUGUUCAGCCUUCCUCUUCCUCGUCCUGCAGUCACUCCCCUCAGCUCGGCCGACCGGCCAACCUCGGCUCCUCCCCUACCAAACUCCUUGGCUCCUCCCCCCGCACAUCCGACUGGCUGCAGAAGUCCCCCCUGCCCACCAUCAUUGGCUCCCCGACUAAGACCAUUUCAGCACCAUUCAAGAUCCCUAAAACACAGGCGUCCUGUAACUUGAUGGCUCUGGCGGACAGCCCUGUGCCCACCAAGACAGUGACAGAUGUCCGGGAUAUCUGUCCCCACCACUGCAGCCCAUACCUCACUGGACGCCCUGCUGCCCCUGAGGCCAGCAGGACUUUUGGCAGGUCUGUUAGUACAGGACGUCUGUCAGAGCAGCCAAUCAGAAUCACUCUGGGUGGACAGGCCUAUCAAGGCAGCACAGACAGCUUGAACACAGAGCGACCCAUGGACACAGCCCCUGCAGGUCCCAGCGGGCUGGCUCAGGGUGGGUCAGCGAGUCCCCGUACUGUCAUGUUCACCGUGGGUUCACCGCCCAGCAGCAGCACUCCUCCUACCUGCAGCCAUCUGGGCACACGACCACGCACCACCUCAGUGGGCUCCAACAGUUCAGCCGGCUCCCUGUGCUCCACCAGCGGUCGGGUCUAUGUAGGAUCUCCUCCAGGAAUGGCCAUGGGCUCCUCUCCUCCAGGAGGUUUUGGGGGUGGGCAGAUUGUCCCUGGGUCAGAGGGGGCACCUAGCAGCCUGCGCUACGUCCCCUAUGGGACCUCCCCUCCCAGCUUGGAGGGAUUCAUCACAUUUGAAGCCCCUGAGCUGCCUGAGGAGACUCUCAUGGAGCGCGAGCAUACAGACACCCUGAUGCACCUACGGAUGAUGCUUUCAUUCACCGAUUGUGUCCUGGAGAUGGCGGCUGUUCGAGCUGGAGGGACAGAGCUCGGUGUGUCGGCCGCCUCCCUCUACCCUCCCCAGGACAGUGUGGUUGUGGACCAGAUCAGCCAGCUCAGCAAAGAGUGGGGGCAGGUGGAGCAGUUGGUGCUUUACAUGAAGGCAGCUCAGCUCCUGGCUUCCUCCCUCCACCUGGCCAAGGCUCAGAUUAAGUCAGCCAAGCUCAAUCCUUCCACUGCCGUGAAACAGGUGGUGAAGAGUCUGAAUGACCGCUACAAAAGCUGCAUCUCCCUCUGCCGGCGGCUGACUGACAAACUCAACCACUUCUUCUCUGAUAAGCAGCGCUUUGUUGACGAGAUCAACAGUGUCACUGCAGAGAAGCUCAUCUACAAUCAUGCUGUGGAGAUGGUUCAGUCAGCAGCUCUGGAUGAGAUGUUCAAGCAGACAGAAGAUAUAGCCUACCGCUACAGCAAGGCUGCCAUGCUGCUGGACGGCCUGUCCAAGAUCCUACAGGACCCUACUGACAUUGAGAAUGUGGUCAAGUACAAAGCCAGUGUGGACCGCAGGAUCUCAGCCCUCUGCUAUUGCACUGUCACACUGUACGAGUAGCAGCACCUAUAUAAACACACACACACAGAGGGACCACGUCCUUAGACUGUUGACUACCAUCCUCACGAAGCCGCUGUUCCCUCCUGUAGCAGUUCAAGCACUUUUCAUUUGAUAGGGUUCAUCUGUAUUUAUCAUCAGUUAGUUUCACUGGCUGCAUCACGGACUGAUCUGUGACAAGCGACUGAUGCACAAACUUACUACCAAAGAUGACAACGGAUCCAGAAACAAAAGGCUGAAACCGGAUGUGGACAUAAUGCAUGCACUUUGAAAGUGCAUUUUUUUUUUCUUACGCUAUAAUGAUGGAAAACCAUCUGAUCGACAUAUGUUUAAAAAAAACAACUAAUGUGAUUCUUUCAGGAUAUCAUUUGUUUUUUACCAGAGGAAAAAGAGGUGGACAGGACUAUGAGACGGUGUUGCUGGCUUCAAGAGACUCGAGCUCCCCAUGAAGCAGUUCAUCUUUUUAAAAUCCUGCUUACUAUGUGAUAUCAGUAGUCAUUUACUCUGUGUUUAAGUUGUUAUUGUUCUUAUUUAUUGGUUCAGAAGAACAUGGACGUCUGAGUCUCCUGCCUAUCUUGAAAACCUCAAGUAUUGGAAAGGAAGGAUAUUGAAGAAAUCAGCAAAAGGCUUAUGGCCGGUCACUGUAACAGAUCCAACUCACAAACAACGUGGACUUAUACAUAAAACACAAACUCCUGUUACAGAAACUAGACAGCCAUGUGAGCAGAGGAACCUCUAGAUUUGUAACUGCUUUGUUUUAAUUUUUUUCGUGUUGUUAGCUCACGCACUUUAUUGUGGAUUGAGAGGAGCCGUGUAUCUGUACAAGUUCUGAAGGAAAUGUGAAGGCGGGGGAACGGUUUCCACUCCUGCUCCCACCCUCAAAACGUACCUGUUCUGUGUGCACGAUCAACAAGUCUACAGACAUAAGACAGAGAGCAACCAGGGAUACAGUGCUGUGAUCCAAGACAAUAUUGACCCAUAUUAAUGAUUAAAAGUCAGGAUGUCUCUGCUGCUUCAGUUUUGACCAUUAUUAAAUCUGUCCAAAGUCCAACUUUAUGGAAGUGUAAUGCUAAAUUGGUUGAAUAUCCCUUUAAUUCCAGAUACAGUUGUUGUGUCUGACCUAUGAAAUAAAUGGGCUACAUUAUGAAUGCAGCCAUUUUAGUUCUUCCCUGUUAUCAACUUGGUAUUUAUUUUUUGAAAUAGCAGAAACAGGCUUCACGUCGUUUCCUUUGUUACUCAGUUUGGAGAAUGCAGCAGACCCAUGGUGACUUGUUGAUUGUGUUGCUCAUAGUGAGGCGGGGUUCAGGUGAAUUUGGGGUAACAGUGGCUUACCCUGCUCACAGUGUCACAAGGUCUGUAGACUCAGAUACUCAGAAGAAGAACCAGAACUUGAGAUCCCCUUCUCCUGUCAACAUUGCAGUGUUGAACAACCAAUCAGGCGUCCACUUUAAACCCUGAUGGAGUUAAUUGUGAAACUGAAUGGUCAUAUUACUUGACAAGUUACCUAAAUAAUAAGUUUCAUUUUACUAAAAUACUACAGCUUUUUAUUUUCUGUCAGUAUGUGUAGCUAAUUUUUUUUUAACAAAACUUGAUGUUUGCAAACGUGUAUAUAUUUGUAUGUGGUGCAUGUGAUGAUUCCUUCCCCCUCUUUUUGGGAGGGGAGUGAGUGUGUGUGAGAACACGGUUUGAGUUUUGGGGGUGUUGAUAUCAUCAGAUACCCUGCCUGUCAGUCAAAGAGCACAAAUCUUUAUAUGUACAUAGAUGAAUUUGAUACAUUUUAUCCAUGCCUGCCAAGGGUUUGAUAAGCAAACCUAUUUUGGCACAACAGGGGUGUGCCAAAGAAUAAAAUAUAACUUGUGGCAGCUCCAAACCUUUCCAGAGAACUCUUUCUACCAGGACUGUUCAUUGCUGAGAUCAAGACAUGUAUCCAUUCAGUAGGAAAUUUCCUGAAAUGAGCGUGAUGUCCUCAGAUGUCAUACUCGCGUUCCAAAAUGUUGUGACACUUGAUUCACAAUCUGCACUGCCUAGCAUCCAUCCCUCUGCCUCCCCUUAAGUCGUCUGCUUUGCUCCCAACUGUGUAUGUAUGAGUGUGUGAAUAUAUACACACACACGUGCACUUGCCAGGUGUGCAUUAAGGCCAGUAGUAUACAGUUAAUGAUGGAAACGGUGGUGCUGCCUUCUUGUGAAAGCAGAUGUAGGCCUACUCCUCUGUACAGGUGUGAAUACAUUCUUUUUCUGUGUAAAAAUGUGUAUAAAUGCAUUCACAGGCAGCCAGCGGUCCCUGGGCCUGUUUCUCUGAUGUACUGUUUUUUUUCCUAGACAUAUCUGGGUUUGUUUCCCUCGUCCUUGUCAUGAGCACUCUGAACCACACGAAGCCUUUUACUGCACACAGAGUGAAAUGGGACGAAUGAAGCUAAAGGAAACCCGCCUGAAUCUUUGCUCUGUACCAUUUUUUUUUGUCCAUGGACUGUAACUGAAGAUGGGACUGUUUUAGAUAAAGCAUGGGUACCACAUCUGCAUUUUACCCCGUAGAACCUCUAGAAUCUUGAAUGUAUGUACCCUGUUGUUUUGCGCCUCUCCAGCUUGAUCUGAAUGCAUUUUGAAGAGCCCCGCUGUCAGUCACAACCCUGAAAAUGCAACACUUUCCAAGCACCAAUUUUUCAAAGAGAAAUGUUGUGUGUUAUACUUGUGUGUCUCUCACCAAGGAGUGUCUCUCUUUGUUCUUUAUGGAACACAAAUACAGUCUUUGUUAUUAAAAAGAGGAAAAAUAAAGCUGUCUUGCUGUGUUUUA